AUUUAUUACAAAACUAACUGGUAAAAAACAAUUAUUAUAUACUACCUGAGAAAAAAACAGUUUAUUCAUUAUUAAUAAUAACGAGUUUAGGGCAAAUUUUAAGAAAAACGUCUCAGUGUUGCCCACUCUCCCCUAAUCCGCAACUCAAAAAAUAGUUCGAACAUAUUAUCCCAAUUUCAAGUACGACUAUUUUUUAGAAGCUCAUAUUUUAGAAAAUAAACAUCACACGAAGAAGAAAUCCUGUUUUCCCUUUCUCACCAACUAGGCUCAAGCUAAAUGAACAAAAAAUCUGGCUAAAAGAAAUUUGUGACCGAUGCGGAGGAAAACCAUCACGUAAGAUUCACCUGAAUAAGAAAAGAGAUACCUUACCUUCAUAUAUGCACUUGAUUGUUCGAAUAAUUCGAGGUAGCUACUAAAAUUCUAUACCUAGUGAUCUGCAAGGUGCAAUAACCAAGGAAGUGAAAAGUUGGUCAAAGAGUUAAACCGCAUGCUUGUGGUCGGAACCAACAAUAGAUUUAUUUGCAAAAUCGUUCACGUCCAUUUGAUCUGCUUUUAAGGUUCAGUUGACGCAUAAUUGGAGUAACAAGACUUAGACAUUCCAUCGUUUCGAGAAUGGCAUAAAAACUGAUCAUUUAUCAAGUUGUAAAGGAGGCUACGGCGAAAAAACGAAAAGGCGUCGCGAUUCCGGGGCAAUGUGGCGCGACAAUCCAAAAAAAAUCCUCCUUCAUAUUGGCGCCUUGACGCCACCUAGUGAGUCACAGCCUACACUUCGCCGAUCUUGGUUUCGCUCUCUUUCCGGUCGACUACAGAUGAUUAAUCAAAAUUUCCCGGAUAUCCAUCUGAGAAUAUCAAAAUAAUCAUAUCUAAACGGUUACACCAUCGCAUUCUCGUUACCGAGAUCAUUCUGAUGCAUGCCAAAGAUGACGCAUUCUACUUGGAAAAGUAGAGUCACUCAUCGUAAGGAGUAUUACGAGGAGCUUGUUGAGCAGUCCGAUGCAGACCGAGGUAGCAACGGUAUAGAUUGGAUUAUCGACUCUAAGCUCAAAUCCAGUGAUAAAAAAAACGAGAAGAACAAUGGUACUGUUUCCGACGGAAAGUGCACACCAGAAAACUUGAACAUAAAACAUAGCGACAGUGUUGGUGUUAUCUGUGAAAGUGAUACUGGUAAUGACUGUACUCAUGUGUUAGUUCCUGCUGAUCCACAAGAAUGGAACAGUGUUCACAUUCAGUCAUGGUUGGCAUGGAUAACAAAGAAGUUCUCUCUCUAUCCAGUACCUGAUCCCGAGAAUUUUCCGAAAUCUGGAACAGAAAUAUGUGCACUAACAACAGUCGAAUUCGAAGAUAGAAGUGCGUCUUCGAGGUCAGGGAUCAUUCUUGCCAAAUACAUAGCUCACGUUCGGCAUAGUGUUACGGGAAAGACAAGCAACUUAUUACAAGUUCAGUGUAAAGAAUUCGAAUCAGUUGUAGAUGAUGACAAGUCUAAUGCUGCCGCUGCGGCGGCCGCGGUGGCAGCCUCAUCGGCCGGCGGCACUCCAUCUGACUCGUCGACGUCCACCGCAGAAAACGGCGUCGCGACGGCCGUCACCGGAGCGCCGCCGCCGCCGUACGCCCGCCUCCUGCCACGAUUGGCCGCUUCUGCGGGCGGCGGGGGCGGCCAGAUCCAGCUGUGGCAGUUCCUGCUGGAGCUGCUCGCCGAUUCGUCGAACGCCGCUGUGAUCGCAUGGCAGGGCGGCGACGGAGAAUUCCGGCUCACCGACCCUGACGAAGUAGCGCGCAGGUGGGGGGAACGCAAGGCCAAGCCGAACAUGAACUAUGACAAACUCAGCAGGGCGCUCAGGGUAUUACUACGACAAAAACAUAAUGUCAAAAGUGCACGGUAAAAGAUACGCCUAUAAGUUUGACUUCCACGGCCUGAUGGCAGCAUGUCAAGCACAAGCUCAAGGCCAAACCGCAGAGUUGAUGUCUCCAAUGGCUUAUCACCACAAGUAUCAACCACAUCAAAGCGACCUAGGAGCCGCAUUGUAUCCAACUACUCACAACAAUAACAGGAUACCAACGGGAAUUUUAACGUCAACGACUACCCAGCAUUCUGCUUCUGCUAGUCUGUUUGCACCACCUUCCUACUGGCCAUACAGCCCAAGCAGUUUUGAUCCAAGAGGACACACCAUUUAACAUGAAUAUGUUGUAAACUUCUAGCCAUUUUAACUAUAAAUCUUGUAAAUAAAUUAAUAAAUACAUAUAUAAUGAUA